ACGUAAUGUGCCGUGCUGCUUAUGGCGGCGCUGGUGACAGUGCUGAAAGCUGUUGGGUAUGAAGUGAAACUGAAUUGAUUUUGUACCAUCUGAAACCUACUUUAAGUUCAGAUCAUCGAUCGGUCAGAAGAAACGUCAAAAGAAACAAACGAACAUCCUCAAAACGACCCAACGUUAUAACCACUCUGAAGUCGAGACGAAGACCAAGACGAAGAACUGCACUGCUGCAAAAGAGAACUAAAGCAACACGAAGCAACCAAACGAACAAACCAAAGAUUUAAGAAACAGAACCAGGCCGCAACAAACAAAGCAACUUCCACCAACGUUAACCUUGAAGGCGAGACCUGAUCUGAGAAUAGAAGUUUGUGCCUACUCAACAGCUUUGAUAAAAGCACACGUCCCAACGCUGCACCGAGCCCUCCUCAUCCUCCCCGUAUCUCUUCCUCCUCUGGGGUGCGGAGAGGGCUGCUGUCUGCUAGUCUUUUCAGUUUUUACCUUUGUCAGUUGCAGACCGAAUCCCUCCCUGAUUUUCUUUUUUUUUUUCAGUUUUUUUCUUGUUCAUAUAUAUAUUUCUCUGAACUUUUCUUAAAAGCCUUUUUAUUUGAAUUCCUUUUUUUUUGUUGCUUUUUGUCGUUAUUUUGCAACUAUUGUAAUUAGAACUUGUGCCAGAAACAAGAGUGUGUGUUUGCGCGUGAAGCAUCGUUUGUGAUUUCAUCGGUCCAAAUCAUAACAGCCUUCCAAAACAACAGAACAAGAUGAGUUUUGACCCUAGUCUGCUACAUAAUGGCCACAGUGGCUUUGCCAAUGUGACUGGAAUGGGGAUCCGGGAGACAGGCAUGGUUGAGAAGCUGCUUGCAUCAUACGGUUUCAUUCAGUGUUCUGAAAGACAGGCCCGCCUCUUCUUCCAUUGCUCUCAGUACAACGGCAACCUGCAGGAGCUUAAGAUCGGAGAUGAUGUGGAGUUUGAGGUGUCGUCUGAUAGACGCACCGGCAAACCCAUCGCGGUGAAGCUGGUAAAAAUCAAGGCAGAAAUGUUGCCAGAAGAGCGAAUUUCUGGGCAGGUGGGGCCUGACAUGCACGCCUCUCCUUUAACUGUGCUGCAUGGUUUUAUUCAUCCAGUAGUGUCGGCUAUCCCUUCUCACCUGGAUGGGAAGUCUGCUCCUGGCCAGGUGCCCACAGGCAGUGUGUGUUACGAGAGGAACGGGGUGAGUGAAGUGUUUUAUUUGACUUACACCCCUGAUGAUGUGGAAGGAAAUGUUACUUUAGAUACUGGGGAUAAAGUCAGUUUUUACAUGGAGACCAACAAGCAUACUGGUGCUGUUAGUGCCCACAACAUUGUAUUGGUAAAGAAGAAACAGUCAAGAUGCCAGGGAGUGGUUUGUGCUACCAAGGAGGCCUUUGGAUUCAUUGAACGUGGGGAUGUGGUUAAGGAGAUAUUCUUCCACUACAGUGAGUUUAAAGGCGAUCUGGAGGCUCUACAAGCUGGGGAUGAUGUGGAGUUCACCAUUAAAGAAAGAAAUGGCAAGGAAGUGGCAACAGAUGUAAGACUGCUGCCCCAGGGUACUGUUAUAUUUGAAGACAUUAGUAUUGAGACCUUUGAAGGCACUGUCAACAAGGUUAUUCCAAAGAUCCCCACCAAGAAUCAGAAUGACCCGCUCCCUGGGCGAAUUGGUGCCAGAAUUAAUUUCACUGACAAAGAGCUGCUAUUUGGGGAGAAGGACACAAAGUCCAAAGUGACUCUGCUGGAGGGAGACCAUGUCCAUUUCAAUAUUUCCACCGACCGUCGAGACAAGCUGGAGAGGGCAACAAACAUCGACAUUCUCCCGGACUCUUUCAAUUUCACGAAGGAGGCUCGCGAAAUGGGUGUGAUAGCUGCCAUGCGUGAUGGCUUCGGCUUUAUCAAGUGUGUGGACCGUGAUGCUCGAAUGUUCUUCCAUUUCAGCGAGGUUCUGGAGGAAAGCCAGCUGCACAUUUCUGAUGAAGUGGAAUUCACUGUUGUCCCUGACAUGCUCUCAGCCCAGAGGAACCAUGCAGUGCGAAUCCAAAAGCUACCCAAAGGUACGGUGUCAUUCCACACUCAAUCUGAUCUGCGUUUUUUGGGGCUAGUGGAGAAAGAGGCUGUGCCUGCAACCACCAUUUCCAAGAGCCCCAGCAAAGGCAAAGAGAAGGAUGCAGAGGAAGGCUUGAUUGCAUUUGAAGACAUUGGAGUGAAGCAGUCUAUUCCGUAUCAUAUUAAAGACCUGGAGGGAGCCGUUUACCCGCAACUUGGAGACAAGGUGGAGUUCUCCAUCAGUGAGGUGAAACGCACUGGACAGCAGAGCGCUGUGUCCAUAAAGAUCCUUAAUCGCACUGUUGGCUCAAAGAGGCUUCUGGGAUACAUAGCAACACUGAAAGAUAAUUUUGGCUUUAUAGAGAAUGCCAAUCAUGAUCAGGAGAUCUUCUUCCACUAUAGUGAGGUUUGCGGGGAUGUAGAUAACUUUGAUCUGGGGGAUACAGUGGAAUACACACUCUCUAAGGGCAAAGGAAACAAAAUCAGUGCUGAGAAGGUCACCAAAGUUGCUGCUGUGAAUGGUGUGGGAGAAGAUAUCAGUAGCACAGUGUUCCUGGGUAAAGUAGUACGGCCCCUGCGCAGUGUGGACCCUUCACAGAUUGAGUACCAAGGCCUCAUUGAGAUCACAGAGGAUGGCUCCAGUAAGGGUCAGAGUUAUCCAUUCGGCAUUGUUGGUAUGGCCAAUACAGGUGACUGUCUGCAAAAGGGGGAGAUGGUUCAAUUUCAAUUGUGUACAGUGGCCCAGACAGGACAAAAAAUGGCCUGCAACAUUAUGCCUCAGCGUAGAGCCUUGGUAGAGUGCGUCAAAGAUCAGUUUGGUUUCAUCACGUAUGAAGUUGGAGAAAGCAAGAAGCUGUUUUUCCAUGUAAAGGAGGUGCAAGAUGGUCUGGAGCUGCAGACAGGGGAUGAAGUUGAGUUUUCUGUUAUCUUGAACCAACGCACCGGCAAAUGUAGUGCCUGCAACGUACGCAGAGUUGGUGAGGGUCCUAAACCUGUAGCAACACCUCGGCCUGACAGACUUGUCAAUCGUUUGAAGAGCAUCACUCUGGAUGAUACCAAUGCCCCCCGUCUGGUCAUUAUCAGACAGCCUCGUGGCCCAGACAAUUCAAAGGGCUUCAAUGUUGAGAGAAAAUCCUGCCAGCCUAGUGUUACAGACUGAGUAUUGUUCACCCACUCCUUGUUGUGGAAGAAACGCAUUGAAAAGAAAGCCAGAACCGGGGGAAGGUGUGCAUGCAUGUCUAUCCCUCUUUCUUUUUUCCCCUCUCACCCACAGACACCAUUCACAAAGGAACAUGCGCAUCACAAGUAGACAAUUAACGUGCACAAGUUCCUUCCUCUGUCACAAAAAGAAAAUUCACAUCACAUUUGUCUUCAUUGUAUGUGUGAUGUUUUUGCAAGGUUAUAAUGUACCCCAUGUUGUAAGGGUAUGUUUUGGGUAUGCAUCACAUGUUUGGAAAUUUGUAAGUGUAUGAUUGUUAUGCAGAAGAUGAGAGGGGAAAAGUGGGGUUUGUUUUUGCUCACCUUUUUAGAUUAAGGUGUGGGGACUGUUUGACCUCAUUUCUGCUGAAAUUGAAAUGCCUCGAGUUCUGCACCUGCUACUGUGUAAGUGAAUUGUUUAGUUUGUUUUAGAGUAGCUUUGCUUGUCCAUUUUGAAUUCUGUUAUAUUUUAGUUUUCCUGCAUCACUUGAAAACCUCUCCCCUUCAAAUGAAAACGUCUCCCCAUGUUGAGUUUUUUUGCCAAAAGACAGUCAAGAUCAGUCUGGGUUCUUUUGGGUGAGAAGUAAAUGUGACCGUUUUCUCACUUUCAUGCCCAAUUAUAUUUCUAGUGUAGCUUUUAGCGUGACAUGAUCUGGGGAAAAAAAUUAAAUAAAAACAAAUGCUCUGGCCUCAGAACUCGGUGUAUGCAUUUUAUUAAAAAAAAUUUCCUGAUUACAUUACCUUUUUUAUACUUGUCAAUUUAGAUUGGCCUUUUUCAUUAUGUGGAGCCAUUUUUAAUUCCUAGCCUGAUUUCACAAGCUGUCUUUUUCUUUGGGCAAGUGCAGAAUUCCUUAUGGCAUCUUGUGGCCUGCAGUUCUUUUGAAAUAGCUUUUUUUCUUUGCACAUACUGUACGUUCUCUUGAGUUCAGUUUAAACUCUUUGUCUGCUAAUGAAUAAAUAAAAAGGUGCCUAAAAACAAAAUGGAAAAUAAAAUUUGUGUCCCCUCUAUCCCAAUCAGCCAUUGAAAUGUAAGCCCCCAUGUAAUAUGUGCUUUUACUUGGGUGGACUUUUGAAAACCAGAAUAAAACAAGCAAAUGUGUGUAAUGAGGAGAAAGGGAAAUAUGUAAUAAGUAAUAUUUAAAAAUGAGCAGGAAUUCAUUACAUCGAUAAAAGCUAUUUGCAGUGCUUAUGACAAAUGGAGCUAUAACUGUCAAAGGUUUUCUCUGUAGCACCCUGGGAUUGUGUUGAGCCUUAGGGUUCUGUAAACUUUUGUCAAUGGUCUUGAAUGAAACGAUUGAAAUAAACAUUUUCUGAGAAUUAAA